AUGAUUGAUGAAGAACAAUAUAUUUGCCGAAGUUAUGAUCUAGUCAAUUUUAAUCAACAAUUGAUUCGUAAAUUGAAACAACUUCAAAGAGAAUACGAACAACAAUUUAAUCGUACAGUUCAGAACGAAGAAAAUCAAAUACGACCGCAUGUAUACCAAUUAGUAACAUCUGUUAAUGAAAUACCCAUGAUUAGAACACAAAUCGAUGCCAUAAAAAAAUAUCAAGAAGGCAUUUUCAAGUCACAUGAAAACAAAGUAGAGCCAAAUGAAGCAUACUUUUAA